CGGCAGCAGCAGCGAACAGAGAGAGAGAGAGAGAGAGACGGGCGGGCGGCGAUGCAGAUCCUGGGCCCGUCGCCGCUGCCCAGGCCUUGCCCACGCCUCUGCUGCGGCGGCGGCCGCCGGGGGCAGCACCGCGGCGAGGCGUGGGUCCACGUGGCCGUGGGGAGGUCGCCAGAGAAGACGCUCGGGCUGCUGCGCUGGGCGCUGCGCCGCUUCGGGAAAUGCCGCAUCGUCCUCCUCCACGUCCACCAGCCGUCGCCGCUCAUCCCGACCCUCUUGGAGAAGAUCCCGGCGGCGCAAGCCACGAAGGAGCUGGUGCUCUCCCAUCGCAAGUCCGAGAAGGAGUAGACGGACAGGGUGCUCCUCGCCUACCUCGCCUUCUGCCACAGGGCCCAGCCGCCCAGGUGCAGGCGAAACUCCUGCUCACGGAGAACGACCAGAUCCACGAUGGCAUUCUUGGCUUGGUCAACCAUUACAGGAUCGCCAAUCUUGUAAUGGGGUCGACACCCGACAGCUGCUUCAAGUUGAAGUUCGGCAAAGAGUCUUUAAUGGCUAGCAAUGCUCCUGCGUUUUGCCAAAUCUGGUUCGUGUGGAGAGGAAGACACAUCUGGACCAUAGAAGCUAGUGCAGACACCGACAGCAACACCCCAGUUCACUACCAGGUUGAUGUCCCGACAGCAGAAAGAAUUAGGUUCAGCUCAUAUUCUAACAAUGCCGGAACCAUACUUGAUGAAGGACACGUCACGGGCGAGGCACUAAUGAAAGUCGAUCUUAAUCCAUGCAUUGUUUCAGAUUAUGAUGGUUAUGAAGCUCUUGGGGCACACGAAGCCAACCAUUUCUAUAGUAUGAGCAUUGCAAACUGGCAAGAUGCAGAAUCAGCAGCACUCAAAUCAACCUUGUGCUCUGAUUCUUCUGUACAUACCUCAAAUUCUAAGGAAGUAUUGGACAGAAAUCUCAAACAGGUAACGAUGGUAGCUGAUGGAUCAAGAAAGGAAGCUUUAGUUGAGCUGCUGAAGCGCAAAGAAAUAGAGUCAAAAGUAGCAAGUGCUUUUGCCAGGGCAAAAGAUUCUGAUUCUACUAAAAAUCAUGAAAUUAAGAUGAGGGGGGAGCUUGAAGAUUUACUGGUAGUCACCAGAAAGCAGCAUGAAGAUCUUCUAAAAAAUAAGGAGAGAGCUGUAGCAGCGCUGGAAUCUUCUAUGAAAAGAUUAGCCCUACUAGAUGCCCGUGCUGCAAACAUAAAGCUUCAGAUGGAUGAGUUUUCAGCAGAGUUUGAAGUGAUCCAAUCUUCCAUAGAAAGCCUCAGGCAGAAGAAACUGAAACUACCAAAGCUAGAAGAUAGACAUACUGACCAGAUUAUGGGGGUCACAUACAGCAAUGCCACACUAUCCAAUUGCCUGUCAAAUGCUUUUGGAGAUGAUUUGUACAGCUUUAGAGAAUUUACACUGUUAGAUAUCCAGUCUGCAACAUGUAAAUUCUCAGAGGGCUUCAAGAUACAGUCAGAUGGUCAUGGGUGCGUUUACAAAGGAGAAAUCAUGAACAGAACUGUGAUGAUUUAUAAGCUGCACUCGCAUAGCAUUGAGAGCGUGAAGCAGUUUCAGCAAGAGGUUUAUAUCCUUAGCAAGGUGAGGCACCCUCAUAUUCUAACAUUGGUUGGAGCAUGCCCAGAAGCUCUGUGUCUCGUCUAUGAAUAUCUUCCAAGUGAGAGCCUUCACGACCGCCUUUUCAACAGAUGCAACAGCCAUUGGUUGCCAUGGAAAAUCCGUGCCCGCAUUGUUGCUGAGAUCUCAGGUGCACUUCUGUUCUUGCAUUCCUGUAAACCCCAGAUGAUCAUCCAUGGCAACUUGAAGCUUGAGAACAUCCUUCUAGAUACUGAAUGCCACUGCAAGAUUGCCGAUUUUGGUAUUUCUCGGCUAUUCACAGAUGACAUGAAGGAUUUCCCAUCAUUUGCGGACGGUUCCAAGCUGAAAGGGUCCUUUCCCUAUGCAGACCCAGAGUGCAAGAGAAGCAAAGUAAUGACACCAAAGUAUGAUAUAUACUACUUCGGAACGGUGAUACUCCAGCUACUGACCGGUAAACAGGAGGUUGUACUAGGGCUUGCUGGUGAGGUAAGGCGUGCUAUGUCCUGUGGCAAACUAUCAUCAAUUCUCGAUCCUAUGGCUGGGCAGUGGCCUUUGGAGGUGGCUGGAAAGCUAGCAGAGUUGGGGCUGAGGUGCAGUGAAACCAGCAGCCAAGAUUGCCCGGAGCUGACUCUUGAGACCGUACGAGAUCUGGAACAGCUAUAUUUUACGAGGGAGGGACGAGCACCCUCCUCUUUCCUAUGCCCUAUUCUGCAGGAGAUAAUGCAUGAUCCUCAGGUGUGUGCUGAUGGCUUGACGUACGAAGGGCUGACGAUCCGUGAGUGGAUGGAUUCUGGGAGCGAGACGUCGCCGGUGACCAGCCUGAAAUUAGAGCAUCGCAAUCUCACACCCAACCACGCCAUUCGCUUUGCUAUCCAGGAUUGGCUUCGUCACUCUCACUGCCUGAUGAAGCUCUAGCUUGGCAUUUGUUUUGCUUUUCCGAUCUGUGUAGAUUCACUUGUAGAAAAAAUAAUAGGGACGCAUAGUACUGUAUAUAUGAAUAAUUUUAGUAGUUGGUUUAAGGUUUUUGAGUAUGAAUUUACCAAGAGCUUAUUACUUGACGGAAUGUAUUAGUAUGUUACUAUGUUUAAGCUUGGUAUUGCAGCUGCAUGAUCACAUUGAUCACAUACUUUUGCCCAUAUAUGUACAGCUAGCAUGGCCUCAUACUGCAGUUACUAAUCUCAGAAUUUGGUGAUUUCUUUUUAUGUCUCUUAUCUUGGUAUAGCCAUUGUAUCUGAUCAUGUGUGCAAAAGCAAAACCACAUAUUACACGGGUGCACCACUCACAACAACCUGCACACUCAUCUAGGCUUACAAUACUGGGUGCAAAUGUUCAUGAAACAAGCUGACAAAUAUCAUAUGGUUGCCAUUGUUAAGAGCAAGAAAUAAUAUCUGUUUUGAGAAAAAGUUGGUGAGAUCUCCUGCUGAGAUCAUUUGCUUUGCUUUGUCUUUUGUAUCUUUGUGGGCAGAACUGCAUCGUCAAGAGCAUCGGGUGGCCUUGGAGGUUGGAGCUGAAGCCCUCAAGUGAGUCUGCACCCACAGCAGGCACCUAUGGAGGAUACUGGGAUGUUGCUGCUGCAUUGAGCUGCCUGGGAAAAGGUCCUGGAAGACCGGUCUCGUGCAAGAUUUUCUUGGUCUCUUUUGUUUUUGGUCGCCUGCCUUUUUUUUCGCUUAAGAGGCAGGUCUCUCUUUCUGUCACGGGAUGUAGGGUCUCCGCUUUUGUUACAGCCCUUUGUUGCUGUGGUUAACUAGACUGGUCGUUAGUACGUCAGGCUUAUCUGUGGUCAGGGGAGCGUGGAGUAUGGGCUAUGUCCAGAACUCUAGCUAAAUUCGCUGCUCUUCAGUAAUGAAAUAUGGGCAAUGUCCCGUUUGGA